AAUCAAAACGUACCUUUUUUUGCCAUCGGGACGGCAGUAAGUCUUGCGGACCCGACCCUGUCGUGCCAUUCCGUUCCUCCUCCACCUCUCCUUCCGUCCGCCUGCUCAAGAUGGAUUGCCACCUGAACCACUGGAUACGAAUGUUCACUGUCAAGCGACGCAGAAAGCUGUUACACACACUUGACAACCGACUAAACGACGUGUUGGCAAUGUUAUGCUUUUCGAAGAAAUGUUACAGUAACAGGACGAAGAUGUCAUUACUACUUACCAUUUUGUUGGUUUUAGUGACCGAAACUCGAGGUCAGUGUUUCGGUGGCGUAGAAACUUAUGAAAAAACAGCCGGAGUCGCAUUCGCGUCUGUGUCAAACUUACAAGGAUUGAUGUCUCAGCCUGGAACUGCAGUUACUAGAGACUGUGCCGCGUUAUGCAAACAAACAGCAACUUGCGCUGCGUUCACUGUCGAUUAUUCCACUUCUCGUUGUCAAUCGAUUGACAUUGAUGACGUUAAACGAAAAGACCAUUUAAAGGAUGUUGCUGGCGUGAACUAUUUCGAAAAGAUUUGCCUCCGUCUGAGCAAUUUCAAUUCAAUCUGUGGCGAUCGUCUUUGGGCUUUCGAACGGGUUAUUGGAGCCACACUUCAGGGAUUCGAUGACUUUGAACAAGCCAGCGUUCAAUCACGAGUCGAUUGCCAACGUCUCUGUUUAGAACAAACAAAUUUUGUCUGCAGGUCGGCUGAAUACGAUGAGUCUGAUAAAACGUGCCGGAUGAGCCGAGAGGAUCGUCGGACUCAACCACUGGCGUUCCGUCGGGACGGUGGCAGUUGGGAUUAUCUUGAAAAUCAAUGCGUCAAAACAUUGCCCGAUUGCCGUUACGCUGGCCGAUCAGACGGAAGUCUUGCGGUGUCGAUGGAUCAAGUCGAAUUUGCGCAGAGCCAAGGCGAAUGUGAGUCUCUCUGCGACCAGGCGAGAGUGUUCACUUGCCGCGCUUAUUCUUACACUGCUGAAGAGAAUCGGUGUUACCUUAGUGGCGAUGACUCGGUCAGCCAAUCAUCUGUCACCGUAUCGCAAUUUGAUGGAGGAAAUAUAUCAGGAAGCUCCACGAGAUCUACUGUCUAUGCGGAAAAGAUCUGCAGCGUCAGUCAAUGCGAGAAUGGAAUUUUUACUUUCGAGAAAGUUACAGGCCAUUUCCUUCGAUCUGCCAAACAGGACAUUUUAAAUCGUGUAAAAUUCUUGGCCAGUGGUUCUCUCCCCAGUCCAGGCGAUUCGGUUGGUGGCGGAAUCACGGUCGAUUGCGGUCGGGCCUGUUUGGAGAUGGGUGCAGAUUGUCCAGCUUAUAGUGUCGACUAUGCCCAGGGCCGUUGCUUUAAACUCGAUCGGAACAGUCAAGGCAGAGCUCAAGAAUUAACAAUACGCGAGGGAAUGUCGUAUUUCGAAAAAAUAUGCCUCAGAGGAAACGUUGGUCCGUGUCGUGACCGUGCCUGGGCGUUUGAGAGGCAUCCGGGUAAAGAGUUGCGUGGCAUGGAAGAGCGCGUCAUUCCGUUAGUGGCAACCCGCCGUGAUUGCGAAGAAGCGUGUCUGCGUGAAUCUCGAUUCGUCUGUCGUUCUGCCCGUUACGAUACCAUGAAUCUGGACUGCAAGUUGAGCUCAAGUGACAAACGGCUUCGGCCGGACGCCUUUGUCGACGCUCCCAGUCAAGUUGAAUACCUGGAGAAUCAAUGCGUUGGCUUAGGGAAUACGAUGUGUUCUUACGAGACAGUGGUGGACAUGUACCCUCGCUAUCUGGAUUCGUUGGUGGGCAACAUCUCGGAUGAUAAUCAGUGUCAGCAUCAGUGUAACAGCAAUCGAGCAUUCGCCUGCCGGGCUUACUCUUUCUACGCUUCCGGCGGCCAGUGCUUCAUCAGCAGCGAUGAUAGAAUUUCUGGGGGCCCUUCUGCUUUGCUGAGUCGGCCUGGAACAAAUUAUACUGAGCGCAACUGCCGAAAAAGAUCGCUGGACGACACAAGCAAUCGAAACGAUUCUUUAGCCGCAUUCUUCACCGGAGAUGGCGGAUUUGGAGUGUUGGGUGAUGCCGGCGGAAUGCCAGAUUUCGUGUCAGCAAUCACCCCCACUAGCGGAGGAACUGUACGAUUUCCUUCUGCUGCUAAUAACAACGAUAACAAUAGAUUCCCAUCGUUUAGUUCGUUUGGUGGCGAUUCAAUGGACAGAUUGCCUCCUAAAAACAAUCCCCCUGUUCGCAUUCCUGCGUCGUCAAAAUGCAGUUCCGGUCGACCGCAUUAUCAAAAAGUGACCGGAUACGAAGCGGUCACGUCACGAUUCAUGAGCUUGCGACCAGCAUCCGCGGCUGCCAUCGAACGGACGGGCGUGCUGAUUGACUGCCUAGACAAAUGUAACAUCGAUCAUCGCUGUUCAGGCAUCAAUUACAACUCGGUGAAACAGACUUGCGUGGGCAUCGAAUCCGAUGAUGGCACGUUGCUUUCUGAUCCCUUCGUUCAGCUGGCAAUGCCGCGCAGGAAUGUCUCUGACAAUAUUCUGUUAAGACCGAAUUCCGGUAUCGGAUAUUUCGAAUCUCUCUGCCUACAAGCCAGUGGAUGCGACAGCGUUUGGAGCACCGAACGGACUCCUGGUUACUUUAUGCGCGGCGCUGAACAAGAAAUCAUACGUGGUGUCUCCAGGCAGCUGUGUACCGAAAAAUGUUUAGAUGAACGACGCUUCCUCUGUCGUUCUGCGUCGUACGAUACCAAUCGGCGCGAGUGCUACCUAAGCCCUGACGACCGCUACACCAAACCGAGGGCCUUCCAAACGAAUCCGAUCUACGACUACAUCGAGAAUCAAUGCGCCCCGACAGAUUCGCGCCAGUGUCGCUACGCACCGGUGCAACCCGACCGAUACCUUUUAUACGCGGAUCGAAUGGUUUCCGGUUCCAGCCAGACGGCGGCUAGCUGUCAGACGGCCUGUGAUUCGGAACGUCAUUUCCGUUGCCGCUCUUACUCUGUCUACGUUGUUCUCGGAUUGAUGCAAUGCUCAAUGAGCAGCUCAGCCUCGCCCGCUUACGAGGUUCAACGAGGAUCUCAGUCUUCUGAAAAAGAGUGUUCGACCGUAAUUACCACCAACGAAAUACCCGUAUUAGAAACAGCGCACUUGGGCGUAGGUGGCAAUAACAGAGGGAACCGGAUACUUCCCGGUAAGGCCGUCGGUAUACCUCCAGGAGGUGACCCAGGCGGAUGGGUCAGUCUGGCCGCUUUAUCGCGCACCCAAGUCGCCAAUAGGAUUAACAACGUCUAUACCGCCAGUUCCGGCACGCCGCAACAACAUUACAACAAUCCAGUACUCAGGGUACCGCCUUUCAGUGUACGGCGUCCAGUCGAUCCGUCCGGCUACGAUCCGAGCUAUCAGUACAACACUGUCUCCGUUCCUAGCCGUCCGUUCUUAUCUACGGAUAGCAACUUCCCCAGCUCCUCAGAUGGCGGCAUUGCACGAUGCAAAGGCACCGUGACUUACGAUAAAAUUGUUAAUGUCGAUUUCGUUGGAGCACGGAGGCAAGAAGUCCGGACGACUGGUGAUGGAAGUCCGACGUUGGAAUGUCUGCGAGAAUGCGAUCGGCUUCGUGAACGGUGUCAGUCCGUUAUCAUAAUGGCCGAUCGUUUCUCACCGGACUUCAAUCGAAACGGAACAAGUGGUACGCCUAAAAUGCGUUGCUACAUUCUCGAUCGUUCCGCAUCCGCUGACUCGGCUGCCCUUUCAUUCACACCUAAUUCCGUCUACUUUGAAAAAACCUGCAUCCCUGAUGUUAGUUGCGGCAAAAGUUGGACGUUUGUCCGAGUACACGGCUACGAGCUGGACGGUUUCGAUAAUCACAUGUCACGCAAUAUCGGUUCAAAAGAAGAAUGCCAAGCAAUUUGUUUACGUACGCCAAAUUCUCAAUGUCGAUCGGCCGAAUACUUACCCCGAGAGAAGCUCUGCCGGAUCAGUUCGGACAACAGGCGGACGCAAAUGCGCAGCUUCCGGGCAACAGCACCCGAUGUUGUUUACAUGGAGAAUCAAUGCGCUGGAGAUCCACCACAUUGCGAGUACGCGGACCAGUCUGGAAGGAUGUUACCUUGGUAUGACCGUGCGAUCGCUAUCGAAACGCAACAAACACCGGCAAUCGCAUUAGCUGAAUGUCGGCGGAUGUGCGACGCUGAAAGAGAUUUCCACUGCAAAUCCGUCAGCGUUUCGGAGACGAAACGGACGCCCGUCUGUUUACUCAGCGCCGAUGACAGCGUCUCGUUCAGCGGAGUCAACGUCGCCAACGUUUUGAUUCCCGACCGAGAUUACAUCUACAGCGAGCGAUCUUCCUGCAGCAACAUGCGUGUAGAGUGCACCAAAACAGACAUGCUAGUCACUUUAGCAUUCGGUUAUCCGUUCAAUGGCCGUGUCUACGUCAACGGGAAUUAUCAGGCUUGUUUCGAAAUGGGGAAUGGACAACAACAAAUGGUGAUGAGGGUCCCUUUGGUCGGACAAUGCGGUACCGUCCAGCAGUCCCGGGGACGUUACGUCAACCACAUUGUCGUCCAGCACAGUGCGCUGAUUAUGCAAGAUACGGACAGCAGCGUGCGGGUUGAAUGCGCGUUCGAAGCCAGCGAACAAACCAUCACAUACAAUUCGAUGGGCAACCGGCGUGACGGAACUGAUAACGUGGGUCCCGGCAGCAUCGACGUUACAUCCCCGUUGAGGCAACUCGGACAUAGUGUUGUGACUAACACAGCGCCGACGCCAUCUCUCCGGAUGCGGAUUCUAUCUCGGAAUGGGCAGGAAAGUCGGGUUGUUGGACUCGGUGAGUUGUUGACCCUUCGAAUUGAAAUUGACCCCAACUCGGCUUUUGGUAUCACAGCCCGCAACGUCGAAGCUCGGACAGACAAUGGUGAAGUGCUGACGCUCAUUGAUGCCACUGGAUGUCCGAGAGAUGAAAAUGUUUUCCCUCCGUUAGAACUCGAUCGCAAUACGAAAAGUUUGUUUGCCGAAUUCAAAGCUUUCCGGUUCCCUUCAACGGCCACUGUGAAUUUCGUCGCUACUGUCGGCUUCUGUCAGGAGCGUUGCGAACCAGUUCGCUGCGCCGAUGGAUUUGAAUCUUACGGUCGCCGAAGGAGACAAGUCAAUGCCAGUGAACCAGAAAUGACAACACUGUCACAACCAAAAGAUGUCGAAGAAGAUGUUUCAGAUGCUCUGUUAUCGUUCGAGAUUUCCGAGAAACCCACCGUUGAUGAGAUAGCAUCAACAGAGAUACCAACCAUGAAAAUGGAAGGCCUGGCGUCUACAACUACGGCCGCAGAGGUUACCUUAGUUCCUCCAGGAAACGAUCUAGCUGUUCCAUCUGAAACUACUGAAGAGAUGGUGACCGAGACCAAAAAGCCCAGCCCAAAUCUUAUCCCAGUUGAAGUGCCUUUACAAUCACAGCUGAUCGUGGCUCCAGAAGCAGAUCGUAUUGCUAUUCUACCAUCCGCCCUAGCAUCUACCAAUAGAGAUUAUGGAUACGAACAAGACUCGUCUGGUCGCCGACGGCCUGGUUGGCGUUCUCCUUCGUUCAACCAAUACGAAGAGUCGUCAAACGAUGACCAAAGUGAUUGCAGUCCGAAAUCGACUCUGGUCGCUGUUGCCGUUGUGGCCGUUAUACUUCAAGCAAUCACGCUGGUUGCUUUUUACAUUUUUUACCGGACAAAACAAUCGAGCUGGACAAAAUAUUCGGAAAGCAGAGACAUGACUUCCAAAGAGCCGGUUUAUGGGAUACGACAUAGCGGAUCAGUUAGCGAUGUGACUUUCCGUAGUGUUUACGGUCAAAAAAGCGGGCCGGGAACGUUAACCAGAGCUUUUAAUCUCGACAUGACUUCUAGCCCGAGAGGACCUCAUGUGGCUUCGGUCUUCACCACUCCCGACCCUAUGUAAUACAAUAAUAAAAAAAUAAAAUUUUUAGACCUUAGGAUUGAAAAGAUGCUCCAUCUUCGUUAACCGUUUUGAUAACCACAUGAUGACAAGGGUGUUUAUGCACGAUACACCAGUGGUCAUUGCAUUAUUCUCACGCUUUGCAUAAUUUUUGGCUUAUAUUGCACCCAAUUUCAGUUGGUUGACGUCCCCAGUCGUUAUAAUACAAAUUUUCAUAAAUAUUAUCCUGUAUUUCAUGUCUGCUUUGUUGUACGAAUCAUUUCGAUGCAAAAUUAUCAUGGCGAGUGUGGAAACAAAUAAAUAGACGGAGCGUGAGAUGCAACUAUUAAAACUAUUAAUACAGCAAAACAUGGGAAACGUCUUAAUUAAAUUGAGGUCAUCAAAGAUGG